CACACGUGCCGAGGGUUCUGUGCACAAACAUAGGUGACUCCAGGAUCAUUAGUGUACGACUACAACAUAGGUGACUCCAGGAUGACAAGUGUACGACUACAACAUAGGUGACUCUAGGAUUAUAUGUGAACGACUACAACAUAGGUAAACUCUAGGAUUAUAUGUGUACGGCUACAACAUAGGUGACUCUAGGAUUAUAUAUGUACGACUACAAAAUAGGUGACUCUAGGAUUAUAUGUGAAUGACUACAACAUAGGUGACUCUAGGAUUAUAUGUGUACGGCUACAACAUAGGAGGCUCUAGUAUAAUAUAUGUACGGCUACAACAUAGGGGACUCUAUGAUUAUAUGUGUACGGCUACAACAUAAGGGACUCUAUGAUUAUAUGUGUACGGCUACAACAUAGGUGACUCUAUGAUUAUAUGUGUACAGCUACAACAUAGGUGACUCUAGUAUUAUAUGUGUACGGCUACAACAUAGGGGACUCUAGGAUUAUAUGUGUACGACUACAACAUAGGUGACUCUAGGAUUAUUUGUGAAUGACUACAACAUAUGUGACUCUAGGAUUAUAUGUGUACGGCUACAACAUAGGGGACUCUAUGAUUAUAUGUGUACGGCUACAACAUAGGAGGCUCUAGUAUUAUAUCUGUACGGCUACAACAUAGGGGACUCUAUGAUUAUAUGUGUACGGCUACAACAUAGGAGGCUCUAGUAUUAUAUCUGUACGGCUACAACAUAGGGGACUCUAUGAUUAUAUGUGUACGGCUACAACAUAGGAGGCUCUAGUAUUAUAUCUGUACGGCUACAACAUAGGGGACUCUAUGAUUAUAGGUGUAUGACUAGGAUUUAAGGUACACAGCCAUCAAUAAAAAAAAUACAUCUCUUUACGGCAAACGCUUUACUUUGACCAAUCACUGACCAAUCACUGACCAAUCACUGACCAACACAUGGUAUAGUGCUUCUUUGCUGCUGGUUGCAAUGACAGCUUGACGGCAGUGUUCUUGUUUACUCAGGUAUGGUAGUCCUGAAUGUCUCAUUGUUAAUUUAGAUUUCUCUCGGGGAUUCUAAAACAGAUCUUACACCCUGACCACUGACGACUAGUCCUCGGAUACCACAUAACGACAUUAGAGGGUUACCCCUGUUACAAACUCAUCGUUAAAGACGAGGCCAUUCUAAAACUCUUUUUUUUUCUUUUUUUUUUUAAAUCAAACUUUGAAUUAUCUUCUCUUCGACUAGAGGACAACCAUUUUAACUUACAAUAAUACGUUUCCAAGGUAAUAAUUUAAUGAGAACUAUCAUAUUUAAUGAAAACAAUUUAUGUGUAAACUAGCAGGACAAUAGACAGUGACGUUGGCCCUGUGUUAAUAUUAGACACCAUGUUUGCCCUGUGUAAAACAAUAGACACCAAUGUUUGCCCUGUGUAAAACAAUAGACACCAAUGUUUGCCCUGUGUAAAACAAUAGACACCAAUGUUUUUUCUUGUUUAAAACAAUAGACACCAAUGUUUUUUCAUGUUUAAAACAAUAGACACCAAUGUUUGCCCUGUGUUAACAGUAGACACCAAUGUUUUUUCUUGUUUAAAACAAUAGACACCAAUGUUUGCCCUGUGUUAACAGUAGACACCAAUGUUUUUUCUUGUUUAAAACAAUAGACACCAAUGUUUGUCCUGUGUUAACAGUAGACACCAAUGUUUUUUUCUUGUUUAAAACAAUAGACACCAAUGUUUGCCCUAUGUUAACAGUAGACACCAAUGUUUUUUCUUGUUUAAAACAAUAGACACCAAUGUUUGCCCUGUGUUAACAGUAGACACCAAUGAAAAAAGAACAAAUUUUGUUAUCUGUGGUUACAAACGGGACACAUAACAGUAGACACCAAUGUUUUUUCUUGUUUAAAACAAUAGACACCAAUGUUUGCCCUGUGUUAACAGUAGACACCAAUGUUUUUUCUUGUUUAAAACAAUAGACACCAAUGUUUGCCCUGUGUUAACAGUAGACACCAAUGUUUGCCCUGUGUUAACAGAACAGUGGACACCAAUGUUUUUCUUUUUUAAAACAAUAGACACCAAUGUUUGCCCUGUGUUAACAGUAGACACCAAUGUUUUUCUUGUUUAAAACAAAAGACACCAAGGUUUUCCUUGUGUUGAAUUAUAGACACCAAUGUUUUCCUUAUGUUAAACAAUAGACACCAAUGUUUUCCUUGUGUAAAACAAUAGACACCAAUGUUUGCCCUGUGUAAAACAAUACACAGCCAUGUUUUCCAUGUGUAAAACAAUAGACACCAAUGUUUGCCCUGUGUAAAACAAUACACACCCAUGUUUUCCUUGUGUAAAACAAUAGACAACAUUUUUUUUUCCUUGCUUAAAAUAAUAGACACUAAUGUUUGCCCUGUGUCAUGAUCAUUACUGGGUCGAUAGUCAAUAGUUCUGACUAUAUCCUUUUAAUAAGUGUGGAGGCCUCUGCACUGACAUCUUCCACGCUGUCUCGGUGUUUCAAAACGACGCUGAUGCGCGUGUUAUGAAUACUUAACCUCAAAUGUUCUUCUUUUUCUUGUACCUGGUAUUUGUGAUAUGAACACAUCCCGCACCCCCCACCCCUUUUUUUCCCAGGCUGUGUGUGUGACAUUUCCUGUCCAACUUUGCAAGAGAAUUGGAGCGUCUGACAGAUGAUACUAAACCCGAGGCCCAGGAUGCCACACAACACAAACGACGAUCACCCAGAACUGCUGUGACCCGAUGCCAGACUUUGAGAUGUGGCCCUCCCUGGACUACGGCGACGGCGACGUGGACCCCCACCACAGGAAUUACAGCUUCGGCGACCACGAACUUGUGGGGGAUGCCCACGUCAUCGAUACUCAUUCGGCGGCGUACGUCACGAGUGGGUUGCUGUGGGUGUACGCGGCGCCAUUCGUUCUCGUUGUAGGUGGGUCGGAAUGUCGUUGUCUCGUUGUAGGUGGGUCGGAAUGUCUUUGGCUCGUUGUAGGUGGGUCGGAAUGUCUUUGUCUCGUUGUAGGUUGGUCGGAAUGUCUUUGUCUCGUCUUGCUUCUUUUCACAUGCAAGUAUUCUUAAACACGUGUAAUUAUUCUUGAACACAUGCAAGUAUUUCUUAACACAUGAAUUUAUUCUUUAACACAUGCAAGUAUUCUUAAACAAGUUCAAGUAUUCUUAAACAAAAUUAAGUUCCUUUUUAAUAAGUUCCGAAAACAAAGAAACGUGAUAAGUUUCCCUUUAUUCUCAGACUUAUCCAAGUAAAGAUUCUUUAUAUUAAUCUUAAUCCCCUAAAAGUGAUUGAUGAAUGUGUAAGUGUUCCCUACAAACGAUGACCUAAUGAUGGUGACCUGCUUCUGCAGGGACCAUCGGCAGCGUCUUGUCUCUUCUCGUCUUGUGUCGGAAGUCCAUGAGGAGUCAGACGACGAUGUUCUACCUGGCCGUGCUGGCUGUCACGGACAUCAUGGUGCUGUACACCGGACUUGUCAGGUCACUACAAGAAUCUGUUUGUCUUUUUAAAAACACAAGUGGCGUCUCUGAUGGCAGAGGACCUCGGCUUUUUAAGAGCAUCUAAAAGUUGUAAUGUGGAAAAAAAAUUAAUGGAAAUUAUUUUAAAUUGCAUUGAAUGGCAAGGAGGACCUCCAAAAGUCACGCGACGCCUCUGGAUGAUAGCCAAUGGCAAUUUUUUUAAUUGAUUUUUUUAAAAUCCCCAUUCACUGGUUCCCAAGGUUCGCGAAUCAAUGUCUGAUCGUGACGUAGGCAAUGGAGACUUUUAAAAUGAAGCCCUGUGUAUUGGUUACACAUUUAAAACUUAUGGAAAUGCUGUGACUUUUAUUCUCUGGAAGGUUAUAAACAUAUAUUUUGGCACAACUGUUAUGAAGGUCCUUCAAGCCAAAUUGUCUUACGGAUUCUGAAAUAAGUUUGUUGGUGUGUUGUUGUUUGUUUUGUUGUUGUUUUUUUUAAAAAGAACAUUACUUUUGUUUCUUCAGACUGUGGUUGGAGCACGCACACGACAUCUACAUACGCCAUCAUUCAGACGCAGCUUGUAAACUGCACACUUUUGUCGUGUAUAUCUCUCUGGAUUGUUCAGGUAGAUAUCAUGUGUAAUGCCUGUGCCUGUGAACGGGUCAAGAACUUUGUUUAAUUCAGCUGAGCCCAACCCCCUCCCCUCUCCCUCCCCUCCCCCACAGUGUUGAACUGUGCGCGGUCACGUGCUAGCUGUAAGUUCAUGACACAAACCUAACACAAUUAGUCGUGACAAGUGGUACACACGUGUAGCACAGGAAAUUAAAAUCAAUUUUUCAAUCUUUUCAACCAAAAAAAAAAAUAAAAUUGUUUUUUAAAAAAAGAUUAUGAGAAGGGUAAGGCAUGGCGUGCUCCUACCAAUGACCAAUUUAACAAUGGUGGUUAGUUCUACAGCUGUCAGGGGGGUGUCCUUAACUCCGGGCCGACCCAUCAUCUCGUAAGUCUUUUUUGGUCUCAUUGUAUCAACAGUUUUGUCAUCACGCUCAGUGUAAUAAACGAGACUAUUCAACGCGAUUAUAACAACAGCCCAAACAACGGCUGUUGAGAAAAUUGGCAUUCUAAAAUUUUUUUCCCAGAUUUUCUGGGAUGGGAGGAUAAACCGGAAAAAAAUGUAUUUAAAAUUUAAAAAAAACAAGCUUGAAAACCCCGCACAGGCACAGGAAAUAAAUAUGUAUUUUUGUAUGUAUCGUCAUUUAGAUCCAGUUCUCAUUUGGGCACGUGCCCUUCGGCCGAUUUUUUAAAUACCUUACAUUAACUUCCCUUUCGUUCAUGGGUGGCUGGCUGGCGAAUGGGCACAAUUUUCAGAUGCUAAUUGACCCACUUCCCGUCAACCUAUCGAACUGAAACGUGACACAAAAAUGUACUGUAGAGAGCCUUGGAUGGGGUAUGGGGUGCGGGGGGGGGGGGCAUUUAUAGGGUUUAUUACAAAGUGCGUUACUUGUAUAAAUAGGAUUUUUUUCCAUCAAAUUUUUUAUCCCCAACCCCCAAUGCUCGAUAUUACAUUUAAAAAGGAUUUAUACCAAAAACUUUGAUUUUAGGGGUCGUUUCAUUAUGUAACACGCUGGCAUCCUUUCUGUCCUGCCCCCCCCCCAGCUUGGAUUCUUGUGGCCGUCUCGGUGGACCGCUGCCUGUACGUGACCUGGCCGCACCGCGCCAAGAUCUGGUGCACCAUCCGCAACGCACGCAUCACGGUGACCGCGAUAGCUGCGGCGGUCGGCCUCGUCAACCUGCACUUCUUCUGGACCUACCAGCUGGAGGGGGACGAGCACAACCGCAUCUACAGCAACGGGGGCAUGAAAUGCUACGCGGUGACCAGCUCUCCUUUCACCGUCAGGUAAAUAAAAAAACUUCGAUGGGAUCGAAACGGGGCUUUUAGAAAAAAUCCAAAAUAACUGAAUGUCUUUUGAGUUUAAAAAUGCCUAGCCGCGUAACGGAGACUUCUCAGUAUCCACCACAAGCAUUUACGAGUAGUCGAUUACAAAUCUUAUUGCUAAUUGCAUCCGUUUAUCAGUAAGGUAAUUAGUGGACGCACGUGGUGGAGGAAAGAUUUACUGCCGGUACAGUCGUCCUUAAGGGUUAUUCAGACCCCCAUAAGGCGUGUGAUGAGUGUAAGCGUGUGUUACAUUGGGGAGGCUGGUAGCGAAAACAUUGCAAUGGCUUGAAAUGACGGCGCAACCAUCAAUCGGCAGGGCGGUCAACAUCUCACUUCACGUACUCAACGUUAAAUAAAGUCAAGUUUAAACUAGGAUAAAAGAAGAAUUAAAAAAUUUGGAAUGCAUUUCAUUUUUUUUUAAAAAUGUCAGUCAUAUCAAUCGGUUCCACCAGGCCAAUGUCCACAAUGCUUAACAUUGUUAUUUCCCUUUUGAGACCUAGUGCUGCCAGAGACAUUCAGUUCGGAAACAUAAACCAACUGGCUAUAGCCCACCAGACAAUGGCGGCGGCAAUGCGUUUAACUUCCCUUCUACUAAUGAAGUUUUUUUUUUGGACAAAACAUGAAUUCAAGUAACACACUUUGUAAGAUUCCCAAUUUGGUACGCCGCUGGCCCUGAACUAUAUUAAAAUAUUUUAAUCUCCCACCCCACUUUUACACCCUCAGAUUUAUGACAUCAACUAUUUCCGUAAAACAAAAGAAAAUAUUACGCACCAGGCGCACUUGCGGUAUUUAGCAAAACAAAAUUACAUUUAGUGCAGUUAUCGGGAACUUCCUUUGGUGAAUUAAGCGCCAUCUGCAGCGCUACUGAAAUUGGUACACAAAGAAUCAUGUGUUUUGCUACUCCGAAAUGGUACCCUCGGGCGUCAACAAAAUAUACAGUCAAAGUUUUUUUUUUCCCACGCAUCGCUCUCUCUCUCUCUCUCUCUCUCUCUCUCUCUCUCUCUCUCUCUCUCUCCUUCUUUUUCUUUAAAAAAAAAAAAAAAAGUUUAAAAAAAAUGUUGCAAAAAACCCCGGGGAAGGACCCCCCCCCCCCCCCCCCCCCCCCGUAUAUACCACUGCUAACUGUAUGUGCCUCCGUCCAUCUUCAGGUUUGUUGAGAACGUCUGGCCCUGGAUAGACCUUUGCGUCUACUGUCUGUUCCCGUUCCUGUUCAUGAUGAUUUCAAAUGGCAUCAUCAUACAGCAGCUGGUCCGGUCGGAGAGGAACAUGAAGUCGCACGCCAAACGACUGUUCUUCAGAAGGAGCCGGUCGAAGUCCGCACUCAAGACACGGCGACAGGUCAGCACGCAGUCCAACGAUGUCAUUCUGACGGCAGCAAAGGACGAGCCAGUCUCGGAGAAGUGCGCGAAUUCGCACAUGAUAUUGGGAUUUCCCGAUGAUUUGCGCACUGCGUCCGAUGUGUUGCCACAAAAGUCUGACGGCACACAACACAUGCGUGCUACCAAAAAUAAUUGCACGAACGGUGGGGGCGCGUUUUUAACGGUGACGCAGGAGACACGUUUUGAGUCACGCGUCACGUCUCCACACAAGGAAACAUCUUCUUCGAACGGAGCUGCGUUUGAUCUUCUACAUCCCAAGUCUUACCACGCCAGUACUCAAUGUCGCACUCUUAAGUCCUCCGGUCAUGACACCAUUCCUCUUGGCUUACUUUCCAUUCCCGGCGGAGCAGACGACUUCAUUAAUGAUCGUCCAUGCCCUGAUCUUUUAAACUUUGAAUCGCGUGACAAAAUUAAUAAUGAGACUAAAAUAGCUUUGGGAAUAUCCACAAAGCGUGACCUGGAUAUGUCAAAAUCCAGGUCAAAGGUUGACAAAGACUCACACACGGGCGGACAUUUUCGGGGUUGGCCCUCAAAUUCGGGUAUUCCCGAUUAUCCAUUACCACCGGAUCCCAAACCGGUGGUGUCGCCCUCUAGCGUGAGCGCAACUUUUGCUUUUGACGGGGCAGACGAAGACAUUCUGCUAGGAGCAGAGCCACGGCCCGUGAAGAGUAAGGUCCGCUCGCUCAUCAAGACGAGGACAUCCCAUUCCUGUAAAGUGCAUCCGUUGCGGGGUACAAGUGAGAACAUCAAGAAAUCCAAUCAUGCAACUUCUGCUGAGACAUUGCGCCCAGAUCUGUUACGUGACGGAAGUGUAUGCGAAAGCACACACGUGCGCGGGAAUAUUCCUAACAUGUGUCAUGAAGAAGGUAUACCUAAAUGUGAAAGCGGGAAAAUACGCGGCCAGAUUCAUGCCAAUGACGUCGGCGCCCCGAAUGAGAUCAGCGACAUUGACACCAUGGGCGCAGAUACUGAUGUCUCGAAUAAGGAAGUCGGCGAGGCUAAAGAUGGCCACGCGUAUCAAAAUGGCGGCGGCGGCAGUGUCGUGACGCGUGCGCCGGGAGAGGCUGAGGUCGCGCCCACGCGCGAACCUCCUACAAGCAAACACGGUGCAGCCAGCGCAGUGAGCGGCGAGCCCCAGCCCGCAACGUCGUCGAGGCGGAACACUUCGAACGUGAGCACGACACUCCUCGUGGUCACCGUCACAUUCUGGGUGCUCAACGCGCCCAUCGUCAUAUUCAUCGUCGGCUACACCUACUGGGCGCGGGGAGCAGACGACCAGGUGAACGCGCAGCUGUUCCUGGCCUGGGCGGUGGUCAACAUUCUACAGUACAUCAACAACGCCAUACAUUUAUUCCUCUACUGCUUGACCAGUCCGAAGUUUAGACAGGAGCUGAUGACAAUGCUAAAAAAUCUUGGUGUCGGGGUGCAACAGUUGAAAGCACGCAUGAGCAGGGGCGGGGUUAAAAAAUAAAUAAUAAGAGAGAGAGAGAGAGAGAGAGAGAGAGGGGGAGUUAAAGAGAAUAAGAUAAUAAAAAAGAGAGAGAGAGAGAGAAUGAAAUUUAAAGAGAACGAGUUUGAGAGAGUUAUUGGGAGAAAGACUUAGAGAGAGAGAAUUUUAGAGAGAAUAGUUAGGGAGAGAGUUAGGGAGAGAGUUAGGGGAGAGUUAGAGAGAGAGUUAAUGAGAGUUAGAGAGAGAGUUAAUGAAAGUUAGAGAGAGAGAUGGGGUUAGAGAGAGUGAGAGAGUUAAAUUGAGAGUUAGAGAGAAUAAGAUAAUAAAAAAGAGUGAGAGAGAGAGUUAGAGAGAGAGAGAGAGGGUGAAAGUGCUAGAUAUAGGGGGGGGGGUAUUGACAUAUGAAAGCAAUAGUCUAGUCACCACAACAUUACAGCAGCAAAUGAAAAGUUCCGGAUUUGUGGUCAUGUCAAACAAAUAUGUUUUAAUUCUCAACAAAGAUUUAUUCUGAUCAAGAAGUUUCCAUUUCAUAAUGCGAUUAUGGAGAAAGUGAUC